AUGGGGUUGGUUACUGUCUUGUCGCAACUGAUGUUGCUUGGAUUGGCAAGCUCUCAGAUUGUUAAAGAUCCGCUUAUGGAACGCGUUCGAGAUUUGGAUGGGGAAUUUGCUGCUGCUCUACCAGACCCGCAGAAAUACACUUUGAAAACAUGGCCUGCGGAAGAUAUCACUCGCCGAGGGAUGCCACCGGACAUUGCGUGGGGCGGAAGUGUUAAUGAGCCACAAAGCCGAUUCUAUUGCAGAGAUGAUUUUAGUAUUUACAAUGUUACCUUCCCUGAUUGCCCCGAACCCUGGCUUGUAGGCCACUGCGCCAAGGCAGAAAUGGACAGAGAAGCCAGCAUGAACCUGAUCGCCCGCCUCCCAUCAGGUGCUCGUGCGGCAAUCUCUGAUCUUCUUGUAGUAGCACUUGAAAAAGGUCUCGUUCUUCGACAUGGACAGGGAAAUUCUGCCCUUUUUGGUGGAGUAUUUCGACCGGCAGAUAGUCUCAAGAUGCUGGCAACGGCAAUGUACCAUGGCUAUCCUGGAAUCCCAAAUGAUGACUUCGUGAAAGCUGUUGCUGCCGACACAUGUGUCGGCGAUAAGCCUGCAGCGGACAACUUGAAGAAAGAUGGUUCAUAUCGAACAGCCAUCGAGAGUGGCUUGAUGAUCGCUGCCUACCUGAAAAUUGUCAAACCUCCAUUGGAUGCAAGCUGCAUGAGGAAUCAGCUCAAUGUUCUCGAACCCAUUUUGAACAAGCUAUGGGAUGCGAAGACCGGAUGCCCUAACAAGGUAGCACCCAAGCUCAUCCAGCAUAAGUCGGUUCUUUUCCGGAAUGGGUUAGGGGAGCUUGGGUCCGAUCCCAUUCAGGGUGCUAAAUCCACAGAAGUUACUAAAUGGGACAAGUCUGAGGGCGUUCCCGAGUAUUGCUGGAAAAUGGCAGAAGGAAAAAGGGAUGAUGGGAGAGUUAGGUGCACAGCGGACCGUCUCGACGUCUACAACGUGACCUAUUCCGACUGCCUUGAUCAGGAUCCCUGGGCCAUUUGUCGCUGUAAUGAUGCACAGCAAUCACUGGACAAAAUGGUGGAGUAUUUCGGUCGAGUCCCUGCAGGGCUGCGCAGCCGUGUCCGUCACCUGAUUGCCUUUGAGGACAACUCUCCUGGAGGUGUUAGGGUGGGCCCCUGGAAUAUAAUUGCAAUCUACGGCGAUGCGAGUGAUAGUGUGUACAUGCAUGAGUCAGGCCACUGCACAGACCGCGACUUUUCUCGAAGUGAGGCCUUUCAGAAGGCUAAAGCAGCAGACUCAUGCUGGCCGUCGGAAUAUUCCAGAUCAAAUGAUCGGGAGCUGUUCGCUGAGCUUGGUGUGGCAUAUCUCUAUGACAACAGCGGCAAGACGCUGCGGGAGCGGGGGUAUGAUGCAUCCUGCCUGGGAAAUGAGCUUAAGGCGCUGGGAGAAUAUGUGGGCAGCGAAUACAAGAAAGGCAGCAAAUGCUUCAAACGGGAGCCGAACUCCAAAAUCAUCCAUCCCGCUGAGGCUCAGGCUGGGAGGAUUGAGGCUACGACAAUGAGUGAAGAGUUCGAUGGUACAGUUGAGAUUGAAACCUUUCCCUAGAGUCCCGUCUCUCCGUCUAAGAGAGACAGACCGGCACGCAUAAGAAACCGGAUAUAGAAUCUUAGUCCAGUGAAUCCUAAUUAGUUUGGUCUUCGUUGUGUAAGGGAAAAUAACUACUUCAUGGUCUGCAGUUUGGCGCUCGUCGUCGACACUUGGGCUCGCUUUAGUGCUUGGGAGCUCGUUCUGUUCUCUUAUAAGAGGUGUGCAAGGUAUUAAUUUGAUAACUCGUUGACUACUAACUAGUUAUUUGACUCUAUUUAUUAGUUAAUAAUAUUUAUCC